AACACCAAGAGACAACUUGCAAUCUCUCCAGAUGAUGAAAUAGAAGAUUAUGACGUCUCAUCUGAGUCUUCAGAGGAAGACCUUGUUACCCCAACCCUUCAUCCAGGACUUCACAGGACAGAUCUGUCAUUCGAUCCCUCUACACAAGGCAAAAAUUGUCCAAGUCACUCACCUCCCCUGAGCAAUCAUAAAAGUGCUGAUGGGGAUGGGACCUUCUCAUGUACCGAGUGUGAGAAAUAUUUUACUGUGAGAGCCAAGCUUAUCAAACACCAGAGGACCCACUCAGCAGAAAAACCCUUCUCGUGCUCUGAAUGUGGGAAACGUUUCAGGCAGAAAUGCCUUCUCCGGAGACAUCAAACAAGGCACAACAGUGACAAGCCAUUCUCAUGCUCCGAAUGUGGGAAAAGUUUUGUCCAAAAAUCAGAUAUCGUUCGACAUCAAAGAACUCACACCGGAAAGAGUUUUGCUCGGAAACACUACCUUUACACGCACGAAAAAAUGCACUCUGGGGAGAAGCCGUACUCAUGUUCUGAAUGUGGCAAAUGCUUUUCCCGGAAAUCUUAUCUUAACACGCAUGAGAAGGUUCACACGGGGGAAAAGCCAUUUUCGUGUUCAGAGUGCGGGAAAAGUUUUGCUGACAGAUACCGCCUCGUCACGCAUCACAGAGUUCACACUGGUGAUCGACCCUAUACUUGUACAGAGUGCGGGAGAAGCUUUGCCCAGAGCUCAGAUCUGAUUAGACACAGGAAGGUUCACACUGGUGAACGCCCGUAUUCAUGUUCUGAGUGCGGAAGAGGUUUCAUCAAUAAAUCGGAUCUGAUUAUCCAUGAGAGAAUCCACACAGGCGAUCAACCGUAUUCGUGUUCGGAAUGUGGGAAACGAUUUUCGCACAAAGCCUACCUUAUUAGACACCUGAGGACUCACACGGGGGAGAAGCCGUAUUCCUGUCCUGAAUGUGGGAGAUGCUUUGCUCAGAGCCAAGACCUUAUCGCACAUCGCAGAACCCACACCGGGGAGAAGCCAUAUCCGUGUUCUAAGUGCGGAAGGCGUUUUGCGAUUAAAUCCACUCUUGCUAGGCAUAAGAAAGUUCAUACCGGAGACAAGCCGUAUUCCUGUUCGGAGUGCGGGAAAUGUUUUUCUGUUAAGUCUCGUCUGCGGGUACACCAGAGAACUCACACUGGAGAGAAACCAUAUCCCUGUUCGGAGUGCGGGAAAUGUUUCUCUGCUAAAUCACGCCUUCUUAUCCAUCAGAGAGCUCACACGGGGGAAAGGCCAUUCCCGUGUCCCGAAUGUGGGAAGUGUUUUAUGCAGAAAUCCGAUUUUGUUAAACAUUUCAGAUCUCACACAGGGGAGAAGCCAUUCUCAUGUCCUGAGUGUGGGAAAAGUUUCUCUAGAAGAGACAGACUUAGCAGACACCGGAUGAUUCACACCGGGGAAAGACCAUACUCGUGUUCCGAAUGCGGGAAAAGUUUUAUACAGAAAGCCGAUUUUGCUAAACAUCAAAGAUCCCACACGGGAGAGAAGCCGUUUUCAUGUUCAGAGUGCGGGAAAUGUUUUUCUUUAAAACCAUCUCUGAUCAAACAUGAAAGAGUUCACACUGGGGAGAAGCCGUAUUCGUGUUCGGAAUGUGGGAAAUGUUUUCCUUGGAAAGCCUUCCUCAUAAGACAUCAGAGAACCCAUACGGGUGAGAAGCCUUAUUCAUGUUCUGAAUGCAGGAAAUGUUUUGCACAAAAAUCGGCACUUGUUCGGCAUGAAAGAAUUCACACCGGGCAGAAGCCCUAUUCAUGUUCGGAAUGCGGAAAGCAUUUCAGCGAACGGUCGAAUCUGGUCAUCCAUGAAAGGAUUCACAUGUCUCAGAAGCCUUUUCACUGCCCCGAAUGUGGCAAAUGUUUCGACCAGAAAGGACCGUUCAUCUCACAUCGAAGAUCUCAUGCGGGGGUGGGGCCUUAUACCUGUUCUGUCUGCGGGAAAUAUUUUUCUUUUAAGUCACUGCUCAUUAGACACCAGAGGUCUCACACAGGGGAAAAGCCUUUUUCAUGUUCUGAAUGUGGAAGGUGUUUUGCUUGGAGGUCGGCUCUUAUUAGACACGAGAGAAUUCACACCGCCAAAAAGCCCUUUUCAUGA